AUGAAGCUUAAUAAUAAACAACUUAUCAUUACUUUACUAUACACAUUAAUAUUACCAAUAGUGUCUUCCUACCAAUUGUAUUGUAAAUGUGAGUGCAACAUAAAAACAAUCAUCAACCCCAUAGAUAAAUGCAAACUAUGUACAGAGGAAUAUUGUUUAAGCAAGGACAAAAAUUUAUGUGCCCUGAAUGAAGAAGAUCCUGACAAAUCAAGUGCAAUCAUCAUUAGUUGCUUCCAAGUCGAAAGUUUCAAAGAAUCAUUUGUGAUCUAUCUGUUUAUUUCCAUCGUGGUAGGACUAAUGGGUUAUAUUGGCUAUCAUAGUUAUAUGCGACAGUAA